AUGCAAAGGAUACAAGAUCAGAUCGACGCUCACUACUGGAUAAUAACUAAUGGGCAAUCAUGGAUCAAGCCUGUGACCGCAAUUACCCUUGGGAUCGUACUCUACAAACUGUUUUCGCCUGCCCCCGAUCCUAGAAAGACUACCACUAUUGAUCCCAAGCUUAUACCCGAGUUAGUAGCCUAUCCUCUACCUAUAAUUGGCCACGUUCCAACACUAUCAAAAGGUCGCAACAACUUUCUCAAGGAGUGUGUAGAUCGUUAUGGUCCUGUAUUCCAGCUACGUAUUCCAGGCCAAAAUCCAUAUGUAGUGACAGGAGAUAUAAUCCCAGACAUCAUGAAGUCUUCCACAAAGAUCGUCAGUUUCCUUGAAGGAAUUAAGACCCUUAUUCCUGCAACUCAUGUAAUGGAACUUUCUUACGAUCAUAAAUAUAAAGCAGCCCCAUUCAACUCGCGUGAUAAGAACCCUGCUAUUUAUCCAAUCAAGCAAAACUUCAAGUCGGAUAAAAUUCACGUCUUCUCAGAACGAAUCCAAACCGGACUUCAUAUUGUCCUCAAAAGGGAUCUAGAUUUGAAACCUGGAGAAAGCAAAAGUGUUAACAUGUGGGAUUUUCUUACCAAUACCGUCUCUCAAAUGUCUUGCCCUUGCUUUGCUGGAAGUGUGGUCGGCUAUGAUAGUGAAUUGAUCUCUUCCAUGGCAGUUCUUACUCAAAAGAUCAUAAGGGCAGGCAUAUUCUUGGCUGUAUUACCCAGCUGGCUUGGAGAUGCUAUUGUCCGUCGUGUGUUCUCUGUUGAAAAGGAGAUUGAUAUUACUAUGCGCCUUUUGGUUCCAGAGCUCACCCGUACAAGAGAAGAAAUCCUAAAUGGAACUAGCGAGGUUACAUUCUCCUCGAUGCUUUUAUCCCUUCCUUUGCACGAUGGCAGUCUCAGAUCCAUUGAAGAAACUGCCUUUUGGUUUAAGAGCAUAGCACUUUCCAGUAUUCACACUACCUCUCACAUCUCUUCAUUCUGUCUCCAUGAGCUUUCUUGUCGUCCUGAACUCGUCGAGACUUUACGUAAUGAGAUCAACCGUCUGGAUUCGCUAAACCCUGAGACCACUGCAACUAUUCCCCUGCUCGAUUCUUUCUUGAGAGAAGUUCUACGCUGCAAUAUUGAUUAUCUUGGCCAUCACAGUCUAGCAUUACAAGAUGUUCAGCUUAGAAAUGGUCAGAUCAUUCCAAAGGGUAGUCUUAUUAUGUCUGCUCUUUUGUUGGCUCAUGAACAAGGCAUUUCCGGACAAGCUACUCAAGAUAAUCAUACCAAAACCUGUCUUCCUCUUGAUCAAUUUGAUGCCUAUCGCUUUGUUGACGCUGGCGAAGAUACAAAUGCUACCGAUGUCAAUCUUGCCAAUCUGGCAUUUGGUUUAGGUGCACAUGCCUGUCCUGGUCGUUACUUUGCCGCAAAUGAAAUCAAGUAUAUGCUUUCAGAAUUAAUUAUGCGCUUUAAUCUAUCUACUCCUUCUGGCAAGCGAGGAGAAAAUUCAGUCCUUUUAGGAACGAGUGUAUUUCCCCCAAAGACACCGAUUGUUUUCACUGCUAUUUAG